UUCCACUAUAACGCGUCUGCGCAAAGCACACGACCGCCAUAGGCGUUGGACGAAAGAUGCAAUGCACUCCAGCAGCAUCAGUACCAGCCUAGUAAUCAAUGUGCUGCAAAUAACUGGAAAAGAGAACACGGCGAAGAAAAUACAUUUUUGCUGAUACACCGACACCGGUUCAUUGGACCGGCGAGAUGGGAGAUCAGAAGGAAUCGCUCCGUAAGAUCACCACCACCCUAGCUCUGAAAAAUGAGGAGAUAACAAACUUCAUAUGCUGUCUGAAACAGAGCCUGGAGAACCUGGAGAGUAACUCCAGCCGUGUCCAGGAGGACUUGGAGGCAGAGUUCAACACCCUCCACUCAGUCCUCGAUGAGCUGAAGGACAGCAUGGUCACCCGGAUCAAACAGGAGAGGGCCAGCCGCACCUAUGAACUGCAGAAUCAGUUGAGCGCGUGCUCAAAGGCCUUAGAGAGCUCAGAAGAGCUUUUGGAGGUAGCCAAUCAGACUCUCUGCUCCACAGAAGCAAACGACUUUAAUCAGGCGGCCAAAGACAUUAAGGAUAGUGUGACAAUGGCCCCAGCCUUCCGUUUGUCGCUGAAAGCCAAAGCCAGUGACAGCAUGAGUCACAUGAUGGUGGACUUCACCCAAGAGAGGGAGAUACUGAAGGCCAUCAAGUUCCUCCCGGUGCCUGCCACCCCGGAGAUUUUGUUGUCUGAGUGCCAGGUGUGUGACAACACCGUGACUGUAUUGUGGGCUCUGCCGGAGCCGGACGCAAAGAUAGAUCACUAUGACCUGGAGUACCGCCGCACCAACCACGAGGGGCCGCCCAGAGCCCGGGAAGACUACCCCUGGAUGGUGGUGGAGGGCAUUCGGGAGACAGAGUACACCCUCACAGGGCUCCGCUUCGAGACGCGCUACAUGACGUUCCGUGUGAAGGCAUGUAACAAGGCCGUGGCAGGAGAGUUCUCUGAGCCGGUUACUCUGGAGACACAUGCGUUCUUGUUUAAGCUGGAUGCAGGCUCGGCCCAUCAAAACCUGAAAGUGGAGGACCUCAGUGUGGAGUGGGACAGCUGUGGAGGAAAGGUUGUCCAGGACAUCCGUAAAGACAAGAACAGAACCAACCAGUCUCCCAUGCACUCCCCUGCCAGGACGGCCAUGAAUUCACCAAAGAGAGUGCCCUCUGCUCGGGUUGGCCGAGACCGUUUCACUGCCGAGUCGUACACUGUCCUAGGAGACACCUUUAUUGAUGCAGGCCAACAGUACUGGGAGGUGCGGUUCGAUAAGGAGAGCAAGGCAUUCGCUGUGGGCCUGGCCCUGCGCAACCUUGGCCGCUUUGACCAGCUGGGCAAGAGCAACGCCUCGUGGUGCAUCCACCUGAACAACUGGCUACAGCAGAGCCUCACAGCCAAGCACAACAACAAGGCCCGCACCCUGGACUGUCAAAUCCCUGACCGCAUAGGAGUCUACUGCAACUAUGAAGAGGGUGUUCUGUCCUUCUACAAUGCCAGGACCAAGACACUGAUGCACACCUUUAGAACCAAGUUCACUCAGCCUGUUGUUCCAGCCUUCUCGGUGUGGAAUGGGAGUUUCUCGGUUCAGACGGGUCUGCAGGUGCCUGGUGCAGUGCAGAGUGGCCAGAGGAAGAACAGUGGUACUAGCAGCUCCAACGCCAGCCUCACCUAGACCCAACUGGGUCCCGGCCUCAACCGCUGCAGCAGAACUUUACCCCAUAAAGGCCAUGUGGUGCUGCCCAUCACAUGCCCGAAUGCCACUACACGCCACGCCUGCCCGGGUUCCUGCUCUGCCUCAUCGCAUUCAGCUCACUACACUCCCUGUGCCUUCCAGAGGGGCAGUCAUCCGCAUACACACGUAUGCAGAACUGUAUCUUAAAUUUAAUUCAUAUCUAUAAUCAAACAAAGGCCAAAAGACCAUCACCCAGUCACCAGUGUGUUAAAUGCUAGGCACAGAGUUAAUAUUUCAAUGCUAGUGACAUAGACCCCCAUGCAACUGAAAACAAAUCUACAAGUUCAUAUAACGUGGUUGUCCUAGAGUAUUCAUUAACAUACACUGAAUGUUCAGAAUCCCAUGCUUCUAAUUUCACUAGUUGCUUCUCAGUAUAGAAUCACCCAUAUUUACCUGCAUAACCCAAAUAAUUUAGUAGCAAAGUUAACCCAACUGCUUAGAACUACUAUAAACACUAGGUUAAUUCAACAUAAGGAAUGUAUUGAAUUCUACAUUGCCAGCAGGUGUGUGGAUGCAGAGGUGGAGAUGCUGUACUGCUGACUAGAGUUGAGGAAGUGUAUGUAUGGAGGAGCAUGAGUCAGAUGUACUGAAUAGGAGUGCGUUUGUAAUGUACUGUAACGUGUUCCUCUAUUUUGUCACGUUUAUUCCCCAGAUGAGCAGCCUUUUAUGCUGUUUACAAAUGUUAAUGGCCGUCCUUAUUCAUGUCACCUGAUGUCUAAACUAAGCGCUGGGGUGCGAUGGUUUUAAAUGUAGUCCGAAUGACAUUCUUGUCAUGUCGAUGCCUCGUAUGAAUAUAACCUGCAAUGCAAAUGCCUCCACUUGAGUUUUUAACUUUGAUAGGUUAAAACAAUGUAAAUAUUCCUUUAAUUUUUCCACUACAGUUUGUCAUCCACUGAGUUAAUAAAGCAGUAAGAAAGUC